AUCAUGGUCUCAGUCUCUAUAACAGACAAAAAUCAAUCCAGCUACAACGACGACAACGACGCUCACACUCACUCCUCUCUCCCAAUCUCACCGUCGCCGUCGCCGUCGCCGGAAGAAACGAGUUCUGACGUCGUCCACAAUGAUCCCUUACGCUACAGUCGAAGAAGCGUCCAUGGCGUUAGGACGAAACCUCACUCUCCUCGAAACUCUCUGGUUCGAUUACUCCGCCACCAAAUCAGACUACUACCUCUACUGCCACAACAUCCUCUUCCUCUUCGUCAUCUUCUCCUUCGUCCCUCUCCCUCUCGUCUUCAUCGAAUUGUCUCGAUCUACCUCAGAUUGGUUCGAUCGGUACAAGAUUCAACCCAAAGUGAAGAACUCUUUCUCCGAUAUCUUCCGGUGUUACAAAGACGUCAUGAAGAUGUUCAUCCUCGUCGUUGGUCCUUUACAACUCGUUUCUUAUCCUUCGAUUCAGAUGAUUGAGAUUAGAAGUGGAUUGCCAUUACCAUCGUUAAUGGAGAUUGUAGCACAGUUAGUGGUUUACUUCUUGGUAGAGGAUUACACUAACUACUGGAUUCAUAGAUUCUUUCAUUCUAAAUGGGGUUAUGAGAAGUUUCAUCAUGUUCAUCAUGAGUAUACAGCUCCUAUUGGUUAUGCUGCUCCUUAUGCACAUUGGGCUGAGGUUUUGCUUCUUGGCAUUCCCACGUUUCUUGGACCGGCUAUUGCUCCUGGUCACAUGAUUACCUUCUGGUUGUGGAUUGCUUUACGCCAAAUUGAGGCUAUCGAAACUCAUAGCGGGUAUGAUUUCCCAUGGACUCUGACAAAGUACAUUCCGUUUUAUGGUGGAGCUGAGUAUCAUGAUUAUCAUCACUACGUUGGAGGACAAAGCCAGAGCAACUUUGCAUCAGUUUUCACUUACUGCGAUUACAUUUACGGAACUGACAAAGGUUACCGGUUCCAAAAGAAGCUUCUGCAGCAGAUCAAGGAGUCGUCCAAGAAGAGCAACAAGCAGGUUAAUGGAGGAGGGAAAUUGGAUUAGUUUCUAGCCUAUUGAAGCAGCCACAGCUCAAAAUGCUCCUUCCUUUUGACAUUUUACGAUCUGAAGGUUUUCUAUAAUGUUUGGUAACUCUUUUUGAGAUAUUAGAAUUUUGUUUGGUAGAGGAAAGAAGAUAUGAGAAGGAAUCAUCAAAAUCCGAAACUGUGUUGGUGAGUUUUUUAGUUUGUUUAUUCAUAUUUGGAAUAGGUAAAAAUUGUUUUAGUUGUUUAGAGGAAUUUUUUAUUUUUUAUUUUAUUUUUUUGUCAACCUUUGUUUAGAGGAUUUUAAUGAGUCUUGAAAUGUAUAAAUUUCUUUGCUUUAUCAACAAGUCCAGUUUUCUAUAAA